AUGGGAGGACUUGGCCAGAUGAAACUGUCAGUGUACUUUUUAACCAUCGGAUUGGUUCUCCUGAGUCUACCAUGUGGAUCAUACACGGAGAUUCAAUCCAAACCCCCUGGUACCGUGACCGCCCUGCCCCCUGUCAAGCACGCGGAGGGUCCACAAGCGUUUCCAGACGCGGAGAAAUCGAAUCUCCCGGUCUUCACAAUGAAUUAUCUCCGUAUACAGGUGCCGUUUGAGGUCACGCUUUGGGUGCUGCUCGCGUCAUUCGCCAAGAUUGGUAAGCAAAGUAAACGACCAUGGACAAACAACUCUGUGAGAAAUAAUAAGAUAAGGUAUUUGCCCUUUCAAUCUUCAAGUCACCUCAGUUUCGUGGUAAGGUGUAACAUUUCUGAUGGGCAAGGGCGUAGGAUUGACUCAGACAUUAGGGGGGACAUAUUUUGCUAUGGGGGUCGGCUAAUUUCUAGUGUAUUUUGAGAAAAGGAUACAGACAAAUAUUACAUUGCAGAGGGGCACUUACACUGGUACAGUCCAAUCAGUCUUGGGGCCAUGGCCUUUCAUACUGUACUGAAUACCAGUGUGACUGUUAAUGUGGUUAUAUUGGAUUAAACAUCCAUUUUAUACUCUUUCUCUGCUACUGUAUGGUUAAUUUCCUAGCAUUCAGUUUCCCUCUCAGGUUGUUAUUACUGCUGCUCUACAUACUGUAUGGGUUGAGACUUAACAUAAUAUUUUCAAUUUAUAAUACAGUUAUUAUACUGUAAUAAUAGCCAGCAACAUACACAGUUAAAAACUAUUUUAAUACAACAACAAAAAAGGUAGGCAUGAAAGGUCAAACUGAAAUUAAUCAACCUCCACUACACAAUAAUACAAAAAUAUAUCAUCAUAUCUGCCUCUCUCCUGCAUGAAGUUAACACAUGCAAUAGACCCUCUAGACUCAAAGGAAAGUUUCACUCAAAAACUUUUGGUAUUUUCUUCAUUAGUCCGUUGUUGAUAUAGUCCCAAAAUGUUUUGCAUGUCAGCAAUCAAGUUUUCAAGAUGUAUAACUUUCAAAAUACAGAAAUGAAACCGGUAUGAUGCAUUUUGUGUGUGUUAGGUUUGUAUGCGUUAGCCUUUGCCAGGGGUGGUGUGUGGGCAGUUGCCAAGAACCUUACAUUUACUUCUUACUUAAUCUUUGCACUCCUUUGAAAAAAACUCUUAUGUUCUCUUUUUUCUCUCUAUCUUGACUGGUGGCACAUCCAAUGCUAACUUGCUGACUCUAUGAUGAAGACUAAGGGAAGAUCUAAAUUUCAGACUCUAAGCGUCCUCUCUCCUCGUCUCCUUCUCAGAACCCAUUGGAUGAGAAAGCCAGAGGUCCCUCCCCUCUGAACUUCUCAUCCAAUGUGUUUUGAGAAGGCGAUGAGAGAAGAGAGAGGACGCGAGGAGUAUGAAAUUGAGAUCUUCCCCUAGGCAGUGAUUGGGCAAGUAAUUCUGUACUAGCAGGGAAGUAUUCUUGGUUUCAAAGCAUUCUAUAUCAGUUUUUCACACAGCCAGAACUACCCAGCGUUAGCUAGUUAGAUAAAACCUGACACCGCUACUGAUGGGAAUGAAAAAUAUAUUGGCAGUUGUAGAAGUUGCCCUUUGACACAGAUCUAGGGUUAAUGUGUCCAUCCUAACCUACGAACUGACUUGUUGGAAAGGUGGCAUCCUAUGAUGGUGCCACGUUGAAAGUCACUGAGCUCUUCAGUAAGGCCAUUCUACUGCCAAUGUUUAUCUAUGGAGAUUGCAUGUCUGUGUGCUCAAUUUUAUACACCAGUCAGCAACGGGUGUGGCUGAAAUAGAAUCCACUAAUUUGAAAGGGUGUCCACAUACUUUUGUACGUAUAGUGUAGCUGCCAUGUACAGUAUCAGACCUUCAACCUCUCUCUCUCCCAGGUUUCCAUGUAUACCACAAGGUUACCUUCUGGGUCCCAGAGUCAUGUCUCCUGAUCAGUAUUGGUCUGAUCGUAGGGGCCAUCAUGCACUCUGUCCACGAGGAGCCCCCUGCUGUGCUCAGAUCCAACGUCUUUUUCCUCUAUAUGCUGCCUCCCAUCGUACUGGAGUCUGGAUACUUCAUGCCCACACGGCCAUUCUUCGAGAACGUGGGCACGGUAUGAUGGUUUUAUGUGCUAAUAUCAAUACUAAUUAUGGUCUCUGGAGGGACUCAAGGGGCCCGUUUCCCUGACACUGAUCAAGCCUAUAGUCCAGGACUAAAAAGUGCUCUAAAGGUUAAAAGGGCUCUAGUGCUUUUUAGUCCUGGAAUAGGCUUAAUCUGUUUCUGGGAUAACUGACCCGAAGAAUUAGCCUACAUUUCAACCAUUACAGGAAUAUACUUGCUUUAUUCCAUUCUGGUAGGUGAACCAUUUGCCAUAUAAUGUUUCACAUUAUGCCCCAAUGAACAAUGGAAGUUCCCAUACCAUCUUCUGCCUACAGGUGCUUUGGUUUGCGGUGGUGGGCACCCUGUGGAACAGCAUUGGGAUAGGGAUGUCUCUGUAUGCGGUGUGUCAGAUCGAGGCGUUUGAGGUGCAGGACAUUAACCUUCAGGAGAACUUGCUGUUUGCCACCAUCAUCUCAGCUGUGGACCCAGUGGCC